GAUGACGUCAUAAUUUAUUCCUCUUGCGUUGCGUUCAUCUUGAGUACGUUAAUUUCCGGAUUUUACGUGCUUGACGUACGUUAGUUACGGGUUUGCACAUGCGUAUUUUGAUUUGUUUAAAAAAGGGGCGGAGCCAUCCCGCUGCAUGUUGGGUACUAACGUAAAAGUUAGGGUUAACGUCGUGCGGCGAAAACUACCUAAUGUCAGCUCAUUCAUCGCAAAGGCAUACGCAUAAGCAACGGCUGUAAGGCAACAACGCAAUGUUCAGACCACUAUCGAAACAUGCCAUAUACCUAUGCUGGCUUUACAUAGUAAGCGUAUUGUUGGGAAUUCCAUGUAGAGCACAGAAGCCCACUUGGACCCCUUGGUACAACCGGGACGGCCCAGGUUUAACCGGAGACAAUGAACAGAUAUUGGCAAUAUUAGAUGAAAAUCCGACAACAAUGUGUGCGAACCCUGUAGGAAUUGAAUGCCAGACCGUAUCCGGCGAACCAUAUACAACACCUGGUGAAAAUGUUACUUGCUCCACCUCUCUUGGUUUCGAAUGUUUACGAGAACUAAAUGAAAAUCCCUGCUCCGAUUACAAAGUUCGUUUCUUAUGUCCAGCAAACCUUGAGCGAAGCACUACAGAAGCUACACAGAGAGCUACAAGUAAUGACUGGCAUCAACGUUUGGUGUUGCGACAAACAGGAUCUUUCUGCUAUAAGAGAAAGAAGAGCAAGAAGUCUAUUAAGAUCUGUUCUAAAGAACAUGCAUAAAACGACUGCACAACAAUGCAAUUUGCUCUUCAAUGCUCUUCAACACCUAUGUUAGAAUUGGUUUGAUCAAUUGAUUUGAUCGUUCUUUAAAUUAUCAGCACUGCCACCGACCUUGGGCUAUAGCAAGUUACUUAUAGAAUUAGAUGGAUUUUGUCAAACAUCAAAAUGGUAGUAAUGAAAAUGGAUAUUGAGGGCGUGCUGCUACAAUCGUUUAACCGUUUUCCCCUUUAGAAUCUAUAGAACAGCCAGUGGAUUAUUAAACACAAUAUAUUAAAUGCA